AUGAAAUAUGCUCCUUUUAGUUACUAUGAAAUUUUGUUUGCUUCUCUGCUUGGAAUUAUUGUGUGUGUUUGUGUUGGACUGAUUGUACUUUCGUGGUUAUCAAUCCAGGAGUUAGAACGAGCUGAAGCACAUGGGAAUACUCAUGGCUACAUGGGAACAUUUAAAAUACUCUCUGGGACAUCAUUCACUCCUGCUUUGCAAAACAGAUCAUCAGCUGAUUUCAAAGUCCUUGCCUUUGAUGUUGAACAACUGGUAGAAAAAGUCUUUCAAACAAGUGAUCUGAAAAAUGAAUUUGAGAGAUGUGAAAUUUCCCAGUUCAGUGUUGUUGUGAUUUUCGACCUUUAUUUUACCCGGAUGCUAACAGUUGACAAAGUAAAAAAAGAGCUGGUUUUGGGUAUCAACACCAAUGAAACUAAUGUUACUCAGACUUUGAAAGUUGAUGUGAACAGCAUAAAGGUCACAGUUUGCGAUGACGGUGUAACCUGCAUUAGCGAAGAUUUAUUUUGUGAUGGAGUAUUUGACUGCCCAGAUGGUUCAGAUGAAACCGAAAAAAGAUGUGCUGCAGUUUGUGAUGGGAAAUUUAUGCUGACUGAUUCCUCUGGGUUUUUUCACUCUAUGAAUUAUCCAAAACCAUAUAAUGCAAAUAUCAUUUGCCAAUGGAUUAUACUAGUGCCUCAAGGGUUAUCCAUUAAACUGAACUUCACUUCUUUUGAGACACAAAAAUAUGAGGACAAUUUAAAUAUUUUUGAAGGUAUAGGACAAAACAAGAUUUUAAGAGCUUCUCUGUCAGGGACUAUAACUGAGACAAUUUACAUUUUUUCUCAUGAGGCUACGGCACGGUUUAUAUCUGAUUAUUCUGAAAAUUACAGUGGCUUCAAUGCAACAUACACUACAUUUAAUGCAAAUGAACUAAACAAUUAUGAGAAAGUCAAUUGCACUUUUGAAGACGGCUUUUGUUACUGGAUACAAGAUUUAGAUGAUGACUCAGAGUGGGAAAGGGUUCAGGGUCCUACCUUUCCCUUUAUGAGUGGUCCCGAUUUUGAUCAUACAUUUGGCAACAUGUCAGGAUUUUAUAUUUCAACACCCAUAGGACUUGGAUCUGGAGAAGAGAGAGUCCGGAUUCUGAGUCUGCCUUUGGUCUCUUCAGAUUCAUUUUGUCUAAGCUUUUGGUAUUUCAUGUACAGUGCUAAUGUUUACCGUUUAAGAGUUAGCAUAAGUAAUAAGCAUGGUUUGGAAAAGAUCAUUUUCCAAAAAGAAGGAAACUAUGGAAACUACUGGAAUUAUGGACAAGUAACUUUAAAUGAAAAAUCUGAUUUUAAGGUUAUUUUUGAUGCCUUUAAAAGACGUGGUCCCAGUGACAUUGCCUUGGAUGACAUUGGCCUCACAAAGGGAAAGUGUAAUGAAAGUAGCUAUGUAGAGCCAACUGCGAUUCCAACUGUUACUACUGUCCCUUCAGUUCCCACUGACUGUGGCGGGCCAGUUGAACUCUGGGAGCCAAACAGUACAUUCAGCUCUGAAAACUUUCCAAACAAUUACCCUAAUCAAGCUUUUUGUGUGUGGUACUUAAAUGCUGAAAAGGGAAAAAACAUUCAACUUCAUUUUCAGGUUUUUGAUCUGGAAAAUAUUCAUGAUGUAGUUGAAGUCAGAGAUGGCAGAGGACCAGAUUCCUUACUUUUGGCUGUCUAUACAGGAAAAGACCCAGUGCCAGAUGUCUUCUCUACAACAAACCAGAUGACAGUAAUCCUCCAUACAGACAAGUCUACAAUGAAGAAGGGAUUUCUUGCCAACUUUACUACUGGCUACCAUCUAGGAACCUGUGCAAUUGAUGAGCAUCAGUGUGGUAGCGGGGAGUGCAUACCAUUGAAUAACCUUUGUGACAACCUACCUCAGUGUGAAGAUGGCUCUGAUGAAGCAAAGUGCAUGAGAUUGCUUAACGGUUCUCUAAGCACCGAAGGGCUGGUACAGGCCAGGAUUGGGAAGAUGUGGCACCUGGCAUGUGCGGAUGGCUGGGAUGAACAGAUUUCAAACAGUGUUUGCCAGCUGCUAGGGUUAGGGGAUGUAAAUAUGUCAUCAACUGUAUUAUUAACUGGAGGUGGCCCAUUUGUCAACAUCACCAAAGCAGCUAACCACAGUCUAAUAUUUACAAAAAG